AUUUGUUUGACCUCAUAAAGACAUAAGCCAUGGCAAAGGAAAAGAAGAAAGAGAAGAAGAAGAAAGGGACUUCACAACUACCCAAAGAGCCAAGGACCUAUUUUCCAGAAGCCCUAUUGGCAUUUCAAAUUCAGAUUAAGGAAGAUGUCAUUGAUCAACUACUGGGUGAAAUCAGGCAACUGGAAGCCGAGAAUGAGAGAAACAAAGAAAGAAAUCUGCAACUCAAAUUCGAACAGAUUGAAAACAUCCGAGCGUUGCUGACGGCUCUGAAAGAGCAGGAGAAGGAGCUGGAAAAAGUAGAAAUCGUUACACGGGAUGAUGUUGAGAAAGCCAUGAUGGCCAAAUGGCAGUACAUCAAAGACCAGGAGAAACUUAUCAGAGAUAUGCGUUUCCAGAUACAUUAUGUUGAACAGAAACUUGUCCAAAAACAAACUGAAAUUGACUACUGGACCGCCUACAAAAACGUGGGAAGCACCGAACACGGAAAUCAGAUUCGGUUCUUGGAACAGGAUAUUAAAAAGUUGAAGGAAGAUCUUGAAGAAAUGACCGAAUUUUUUAGAAUUUCUUUGGAAGAAGCGAAGGAAAGAAUUGACAAAACCACUUUGAGACAGAUGGAGUUAAAGAAAGAAUGGGCCACCGAGAAUGCCGUUAAGCACAUUGACAAGAUCAGCCGCAGGGAGAUUAAGGAAUAUGAAUGGCUAAAAGAAGAAGUUGAAGCUUAUCGAAAGGAAGUGGCUGCUUUAGAGGAAGCUGUCCAUGAAAUGGAGGAGGAAAACAUCUAUCUCAUCAAUAAACUGUUUGAGCGGAGAUUGCAGUUUCUUAAAGUACCCAGGAAGCUGUAUCUUACCCAAGGAGCUGGUUUGCAGGUUCCUGGGAAAAACCUGGAUCAAGAAGAAGCCGAGGAAGAUGGGAUGCCAGCAAGGGAGCUAGUAAUUUCUGUGGACCCCAAGUCAAGUGAGGAGAAAAGAGAAUUGGAGAAGGCAUCAUGGAAGGAUUUUGAAGUGGUUUAUUUGCGGGGAAUGUCGCCCAAUCAGUUUCUACCUCCUCUGCUGUAUGAAGAUACAAAUGACUUCAAGGAAUAUAAGGAGCUGGGUCCUUUGGAUUUGAAACUAAUGUGCACCGUGGGCGAGCAGAUGCCAAUUCACGAAGACAUCAAAGAAAUGCCCAGCAAAACUCAAUUUGAGGAGAGGUACGACCCAAAUAAAUCUGCACAGCAUAUCACUUACCGUAUGAUCAAAUCCGUAUUUCCUUAAAA